GCUGUUCUCUUCGACCUCCCGGAAAGUUUUUUUUCUCUCACAUCACCCUGCAGUCGCAUUGAAAUAUCGGCGUGCACCACCACUCCUCCUCCUCUUCUCAUCUUCUUCUUUAUUCCCCCCCAUCUCCACUCAGUCAUUCAAGGCUAGUCUUUGAGUAACCUGCCGACAAGAUGUCGCAACCCGAGAAGCAGAGCGUUCUGGGCAUGCCCCCGUUCGUGGCCGAUUUCCUGAUGGGUGGUGUCUCCGCCGCUGUCUCCAAGACUGCCGCUGCUCCCAUUGAGCGCGUCAAGCUUCUGAUUCAGAACCAGGAUGAGAUGUUGAAGGUCGGUCGUCUCGACCGCAAGUACGAUGGUAUCCUUGAGUGCUUCAAGCGUACCACCGCCGAUGAGGGUGUCAUGUCUCUGUGGCGUGGAAACACUGCCAACGUCAUCCGAUACUUCCCUACCCAAGCCCUGAACUUCGCCUUCCGUGACAAGUUCAAGGCCAUGUUCGGCUACAAGAAGGAGCGUGAUGGAUACGCCAAGUGGAUGGCUGGUAACCUUGCCUCCGGUGGUGCUGCCGGUGCCACUUCCCUGCUCUUCGUCUACUCUCUCGACUACGCCCGUACUCGUCUUGCCAACGAUGCCAAGAACGCAAAGAAGGGUGGUGAGCGCCAGUUCAACGGUCUUAUUGACGUUUACCGUAAGACUCUGGCUUCCGAUGGUAUUGCUGGUCUGUACCGUGGUUUCGCCCCCUCAGUCGUUGGUAUCGUUGUCUACCGUGGUCUCUACUUCGGCAUGUACGAUUCCUUGAAGCCCGUCGUCCUGGUCGGUCCCCUCGCAAACAACUUCUUCGCUUCCUUCGCUCUCGGCUGGUUGGUCACCACUGGUGCCGGUAUUGCCUCUUACCCCCUUGACACCAUCCGUCGCCGCAUGAUGAUGACCUCUGGUGAGGCCGUCAAGUACAACGGUACUCUCGAUGCUGCCCGCCAGAUCGUCGCCAAGGAGGGUGUCAAGUCUCUCUUCAAGGGUGCUGGUGCCAACAUCCUUCGUGGUGUCGCCGGUGCCGGUGUCCUGUCUAUCUACGACAAGCUCCAGGUGCUCCUCUUCGGCAAGGCCUUCAAGGGCGGCUCUGGUUAAAUACCCACAUACCUCCAUAGACGCGGUAACGCUGGCUGGCGUGGUGGUGUAAUUCAGAGGGCUGGGGGCUCGGCUGAGAUGGCAAGGGGUUGAUAUAAAAAGGCCAUGGUGUUGUGGACACCACGACGGACAGUUGUUUCAGUGGCUCACUGCGGCGGCGUUCUGGACCAGCUUCACUUUUGCGGCAUGGUUUCGCAAGCAGGACAACAUCGUCCAAGCAUUGCGGGGCCAGCCGUUGUAAUUUAGAUCCUAGGCAAUUCCCUUGGCUGUAUUCUCACCCUGCAACUUCUCUCCGCUGGAUCCUGCUUUCACCCGGGCAUGUUCGUUUGGUACCAUACGACUCAUAGACAACCUGCAAUGAAUGCGAUUUGAUUUUCCUGAAA